UGCCUGUUCUGGUGGUGGUGGUCAAGGGACCAAUGCUGGCAGCUGUCAUAACAUAAACUUUGCCUCUGCACGUAGUUUAUAUUUUACGAUAACUUUUCGCGGAGAAUUGACACUUUGAUAGGAAUGCUUCGUUUUUUUUUUUAACUUUCCUUUUUUUUUCCACUGCUUCACAAACUUUCAAGUACGUCCGCCGUAGAAAGCUUCACUGCCAAGGGCUGGUCGUGUGCCCGGCGCUAGUAAUUUCUCUCUACAUAGCGAAUAGAAGUUAUGUCGUCUCGGGUAUCUCCAACCCCUGGUUUCGUCAUACAAAGGGCGAAACUAGGAAACAGGCACGCCUUUACGAGUUGUAGUGGCAGCCUUGUCGAAUGUGAGCGCCGGAGGCUACCAUCCAGGCUGGUUUGCACCCCACCAAACCGUCGGCCAGUGAGGGGAAAUCCAUCGGGGGACUCCGUAAUUGAAAUUUUCCUGGCUAUAUAUGUUUGACGUGUAAGCCAUCACAUCUCUAUCCUUGUAAUACGCAAUCCAUCAUUGUCAUUAUAUUUCUUCCGUUGACUAUUCCAUAUUGGAAAAUCGGUUCACCAUGUCUCCCAAAAAGAGAAUCAUCAUUGAUACUGAUCCUGGCUGUGACGAUACGCUGGCCAUGCUGCUAGCCCUCAGCGCCAAUCCAGAGGAGCUUGAGGUUGUCAUGCUCUCGGUUACCUAUGGAAAUGUGCCUUUGGAUGCCUGUUUGAAAAACACUGUCGCCAUUUUUCAAGUUCUGGAUAAAGAACUACAGUGGAGACGGGAAAAUGGAAUCGAAGAAGGCUUCCCAGCCCUGAAAACGUAUAAGCCCAUCAUCGCUGCUGGUCCUUCUCAUCCCUUAGAAGAUGAGGAGCUUGUGGCUGAUUACUUCCACGGACUUGAUGGACUUCAUAACGUCCAUGCAACUCAUCCUCAUCUGGCUCCAGAAGGUGACGUCGCCAAAAUUUUCGAUGAUCACGCCAGUGGAGCUGCAGACCACAGCAACUACUCCAAAUACUUUACACCGGCGAAGCUGCCCGCCCAUAAAGAGAUUCUCCGUCUCUUAAAGGAAAAUCCUGCUGAUAGUAUUACAAUACUUGCAGUUGGCCCUCUCACUAACGUAGCACUUGCCGCUUCUGAAGACCCCGAAACAUUCCUCCGCGUCAAAGAGGUGGUCGUUAUGGGCGGCGCCGUUGCUGUGGAAGGAAAUGUAACUCCUGUUGCCGAAUUCAAUACCUUUGCAGAUGUCAUUGCCACCGCACGUGUGUUUGCACUCACCUCACGAACUCCCAACUUCACUUUGCCUCCCAAAACUGACAAGACCACCCUCCCACCGUACCCUGACAAGCUAUCCCGACAGCUCAACUUGACGCUGUGCCCUCUUGAUAUCACGACACCCCAUGAGAUUGGCAGAACCUACUUUAACUCCGCCAUCAAAGAACGACUUGCCGCCGGUAGUCCUCUCGCGGUGUGGACAUCGCAUUUCCUCUCAGGGGCUUUCAGCACGAUUGAACGAUUUUGGCACGGUGACGGAGAACCUGGUCUUUCCCUACAUGAUCCUCUUACUGUUUGGUAUAUGCUAUGCCGUGAUGAUCCAAAGUGGAAACUCAUGCCGCAGCCAGAAGACAUUCGAAUCGAGACUGAAGGACAGUGGGCUCGAGGCCAGCACAUUGCUGACAGAAGGGGUAAACGUAAGCCCGCCGUGGAUGCCGUGGCCGCUUCACAAGACCCUUUGAACGAUCCUGAAAUUAUUGCGUUAGACACAGUCAAGGGCGACGAGAUGGGUUGGCUCAGCGUUUUGAAGGGCAACCGCGUCAACCGCAUCAUCGAGUCACCUGGGGAAGAGUUGUUUAGGGAAGUGAUGAUGCAACGCAUUUUUAACCUUUCAUAGAUACAUAGAAAGUACAAUAGACACAUAGUUGAUCUUGACUUGAUUAUUGUAAUCGGAUAAAUAGCUUGCUCAUGUUAAAUGUAAAGCCGUUUGGGGGGAAACUUAGACCCAACGCUAUAGAAGAACGCUGAAGAGGAAACGCGCCAUAACGCCAUAAAUAUAAUCCCACAGAUGAAAGAGAAGUGCACAUGCCCACAAACCAUAUAUUUGCUCUCGUAGCCAGACUCUACAAGUGCUUCGUGGUUCCAAUGGCAGCUCCUUUAACCUCUGUCCAGUUUAUACUUUCGUCAAGCUUCUCAUCCACUAAGCCGAUCGUACAUACAUUAUCACCUCGUACGAGAUAUACGCCGCGUGGCUCUUCGAUGGAUGGCUCGGGAUCGUCUG